GAGGCAGUAACGGGGUAUGGGAGGCAAUGUUUUCUUUUUUAGGAUCUGUUUCGCAUGGAGAGGAGGUAUAAUUUGCAUGCGAAAGAUAGCUUGUAUCUCCAGGUAGGGUUGAGAAAUACUUCUGGCCGAAAUGGCAGUGAGUCUUGAAAAUCCUGAGUUAGACCAAUGGUAUGACUGGGUAUCGGGCACCUACAUAUAUUCCUAAAUACUAGUGUUUCCCUGCCCGCUUCAGUACCAUUCUCUAGCAUCUCUCCAAACUUCUUUCAAUGCGUAUUUCUGAACAAAGGCGUUCUAAUCUGUGCUAGUGAUGGCCUUGGAAUAUCCAUAAUUUGCCCUUCUCUUUUUUCUCUAGCAACCAGGAUGUGCUUUUUGCGUGUGUUGAGUUCAUCUGAGAUCAGGUAGUGCCUAAAAGUUAUUUUCUGCAAAUACUACUACACAUUUGAUUUAGGCAUGAUGGCAACAGCAUUCAGCAGUGAUGGAGCUGAAGUGAUGCAGCGGACCCCGAUUCCUGCAGGAGCAAGUGGAUGUCCCCCAAACAUGGGGUUACAAGAGUUCUAUGAACUGGAAAGAGCAGCUGCAUUCAUAUCUGAUAAUGGCUUCACUAAGGUUGCUCUUCAGUUCCCGGAUGAACUCUUGCCAGAUUCAGGAACCAUUGCUGCCAGGAUGGAAGCAGCAACUGGUGCCAAAAUGUAUAUCCUAGGGGACACGUCAUAUGGCAGCUGUUGCGUGGAUGAAGUGGCAGCGGAGCAUGUGGAUGCUGAGGCUGUGGUGCACUAUGGACCUGCCUGCUUGAGCCCCUGUCGCAAACUGCCAGUGCUCCAUGUGUUUGGCCACAAACAGCUAGAUGUGAUGCGCUGUGCAGAAGUCUUCCAGGAAUUGUAUCCAGAUCUCCAAACUCAUGUGGUUGUGCUGAGUGAAGUGGCUUAUUCUCAUGCCAUUGAGAACCUGGCCUCUCAGCUGCACCCCCUUUAUCCCAAUGUAGUUUUCUCUCAAUUAGAUAGCAAAGAGCUUCAUGACUCAGCCCAGCCAGUUUCUGGGCUGGUGCAACAAUUUGGGCGGCACUUUGCAGUGGACAAUCAGCAUGGACUUGACAACUACACCAUGUUCUAUGUGGGUUGCGAAGGCCCAGAACUCACAAACUUCAUGCUAACCUGGAACCGGUGCUCUUUCAGUUCCUUUAAUCCUCAGACAGGACAAGGCCAAUGGGAAACACUGGAUGUGAACCGGGCCCUGCGGCGGCGUCUCUAUCUAGUGGAGCGGGCAAGGGAUGCCCAAGUAGUAGGCAUUGUGGUGGGCACUCUUGGUGUGGCAGACUACUUGUCUGUUCUGGAGCAUCUGCGAAGAAUCAUCGAGCAGGCAGGCAAACGUGCCUAUACCCUGGCUGUGGGGAAACCCAACCCUGCAAAGCUGGCAAACUUUCCAGAGGUGGACAUCUUUGUGUUGGUGGCCUGCCCACAGAACUCUUUGCUUGACUCAACUGACUUCUACCGGCCUGUGGUUACACCCUUUGAGAUGGAGAUAGCAUGCAAUCCAGCACGGACCUGGACAGGCAGCUAUGUCACUGACUUCCGCCACCUCCUACCAGGGGCAUGUGAGCACACCCCUUUCCCAGAGGAGGUUUCAGAGGCUAACAGAGAACCCAGUAUUUCACUAAUCACCGGAGAGCUGCGCUCAACUUGUCUUUAUACAACACUGGACCCAGAGCAAAGCUCUGGAACUGCUGUGACUUGCCGCAGCCAUAUGCAGAUCGUGGCUCAGAGUAGCCCAGCAGCUGCGUUUCUGGAGUCACGAAGCUGGCGGGGGCUGGAGCAGCAGCUGGGCCAGUCAGCGGUCACAAAAGCUGUGGUGGGACGGCGGGGGAUUGCCAUUGCAUAUGAAGAUGAGCCCUGUGGAUGACAGUCAGAGCAGUGCAAAGAACAAGUUGCCUUUCCUUGCAGCAUCGAGAUGAUAUAGCCAAACCUGACUUUUGUCCCGUUAACCUACAAGCAACUUGCUUGGCAACCGCUCCCCACCAGACACAUGCAUAAUACAAGGAAUAUCAUACUUUUCCUGGCAUGUCAUUUCUCUCUCAAUAGAUAGCCAGAUCAACAUAUUAAAUAAAUUGCUGACACAUAGAACAGUAAUAAGUUCCCCAAAACCUUAGUCUUCUGGGUAUAUAUUCUAUCUUGGGAAGCUAAGUACAACUGCUCUCCAUACUGUGCUGGCAAUUGCACUCAUGUUGAUUAGUGCACAUAAAGCUGUCCUCACAUUCCGGGCUAAGAGUGGCAGCAGACUGGAUCUGCAGCUGAGGGGUUGGAGCUUGAUCAUCCACAUGUGAAAUCACACAACAGAUUCUCAUUUAUCAAUCUUUCAUAGGCAGUUAGCUAUGACCUAGGCAGGCCUUCUAAACAGGGAAAAUAGGAUAUUGAGCCUGCCUGAAGAGUGGUUCUUACUCUCUGGCUGAUAUUUGGGCUAAUCUACCCCACCCAAUGUUAAAGGAGUGACUAGAAGUCAGGAAAAGGCCUCCUAUUGAGACUAGAACUUUAUCUCCUGGAGAAAAAAGUUUUGCUGAUAGCAGCAGGAAUUGAAAUCUGGCACAGAUUAGGAGCCAGGUGGGAAUAUUCAAGAAGUUGGCUUUGAAUGGGUGGGGUAUAAGUAUAGUCUUGCUGCUUAAAAGCAAAUGCCCAUUUAGUCCAGCAUUCUGUCAUGCACAUUGGUCAACCAGAUGUCUAUUGGAAGCCCACAAGAAGAAUAUGAAGGCAAUAGCAUCCUAUAGUAACAAGUAGAAAUUGAGCCCAAAAGUUUAUCCUAUCAUUAUGCUCCUAUAAUGUGUGGUCUUUCUGCAGUGCUGGAGGAUAUAUGUUUUGCAGUUCUUUUUUGAGCUUAAAAGCACAAAAUGAAAAAAGGGAUGGCUGUUUAAUCUGUCAGUUUUGUACAGACAUCUUUUUCCCCAGUAGCAGGAUAAGAGAUGUUUACCCACCCUUUAUUUAUGAUCCACAGCCAUAAACUACUGCCAUCUAUACCAUCUAAUAUAAAAUUCAACAGCUAUUUCUAUUGACUAGAGACUAUAGAUAAGUAAUUACCUAUCAAACAGAAAGGAAAAACAGCCUUCCAUAUCCUAACACAGAAGGAAAAAACAGCUGUCACUAUGUUGUGUAGGCAACUGCCAUCCAGUCAAAUAUCAAACAGCACUAGUUAUGGAUAUAUGUAUAUACCCAUAUGUCAAUGCUCUAUUUCACUUAAAAGCUAGUAACUCUUUUAAGACUUUGAAUAUUAUUUCUUUUAAAAAAACACUAGUUGUAAAUCUUGCUGUGCCAAGUAAAGUUAUCUUUAAAGUCAA